AUGGUUAAUUAUGUGUGGAUCAGGCGGGAGUUGGACAAUAUUUUUCUAGAUCCCACACCGUUUGUAUGUCAACGAGAUCUGUGUCCUAACACAGGGAACGCAGAGGCAGCGAAAGUUUGUUACGACCAUUGCAUUUCCAUUACCUUCGCUAGCGAUACUCCACCACCUCUGUACCUCUGUAUCGAAUGUGCCAAUGAGAUCCACCGUGAACACCCGAACCAAAUGUUUUUCGAUAUAUUACACCCCAUGCAACAAGUUUCCAUGGUAUGUGAAAAUAAGAACUGCCGUUCAACAGACAAAGCAGCAAUAUCGAUAUGUUUCUCAACCGAAUGUGCCAGUUAUAACGGAAAUCACCCCAUCAGGUACUGCGAACAGUGUCACAACAACAGACACAAUAACCGAAGGGGUGGGGACCAUAUUGUGCAUAAGAGUAUACCUCCUACAUGGACCAUGGAUUCGGAAAUGCAAACUUAUAUGGUCGAAGCCAUCGUUAGCCUUUUGAAAGAAGCCAAAAUACCUCAGGUAGAGCUGAAAGAGGAGAAAAAAGAGGGCGAGUCGAAAGAAGGCAAAGAAGCUAGGGAGGGCAAAGACAGCAAGAGUCCACUACCAGCUCUGGAUAAUAUAACGGUGGAAGAAAGACAGCUUUUGGGACGGUAUGGUGUGUGGUUACUGGUAGGAAGAUGUACCCCCACAGAUGAUACCCCGGUAGAAGUUUUAGGUCGUCUGCUUGCCAUGAUAUUCCACUGGUUCCAUAUGACGGCAUAUUCUUACGAUGGUCAGGAAGAAAGUACUCUGGAGAAACUGAAGACCGAAACUGUAUGUAACUGGCUGAGAGAGAUCAGCCGUUCUCACUAUACCCUUUUCAUUUCUUGUUUAUUACCGCACCCGCCUGAAUAUGCUAGGAUUGGGGGGCAUUGGGACACCUUAUCUUCCCGAACAACUCACCUGAAAGACGGCUUGAACCGUCUCUUUUGUCUGGUGCCGUACGAAGUGAUCGCCCAAGAAAUCUGGGAUUACAUAAUGCCUCACUGGAUGGAAGCCAUCGUCAAUGACGUGCCGGAGAAGGAACUUUUCGAAUUACGUAUCAUUUUGAGCAAAAUUCUCGAUUCGGAGAUGAGCCCUUUAGGUUUCAACGCCAAGAAAAUGUACCAGUUUGUGGCGCAGAGAUUUCAGAAAACCAGCGCCAGAGUACAACAACAGGCGCUGCACUGGCUGCAGACGUUGACGCUCCUUGAUAUCUUGAUUCCCUUGAAUCUUCUAUUUGCUAUUUUCGGCGAUGGGGUUUCCUACAUGAAAGACGGGAUCGUAGAGAGUGACGGUGAAGCUUUCAAAUUCUCUGAGCUAGAGGUGCCAGGGACAGCAGAUACACAAAAACGGGGAUCAGUUUCAGCGCCCCUUGUAGAAGAAGGAGACUCAGCAAAGACAUCAUCAUUUUCAGAUGAGGAAAGUCGCUUGUCGCAACAAGCAGAAUUCGAAACCGGCGCCGAACAUAACCUGUUUUGCUGUCUGCUGAUGCUCGACAUACUGCUGAAGCAGAUGGAGCUGCAGGACACUGACAAGCACACAGGACUCAAUUCGACGCUGUGCAAGGACGUCUGCUGGCUACUGAAGAGCAUGGUCACGGCCGCCUGGAUAGGCAACCACAGCUGCUCCUCCAAGUCGGAGUGCACUUAUUGCGAGUCGAGCAUCAUGUGGCAUCAGCUCUCGCUGGAGCUGCUCAAGUACUUGUCACCGGUUUUUCCGGCUCAUCCGCCAGAUCCACCUCUGGAGGAAAUUUCGGAAGACGUCCACAGCAGAAAGAGUCCGCCGGAGAGCGAUAAGAAGGAAGCGAAAACCGAUGCGGUGAUCAACAUGCCGAACCCGGAAGUGCACUCAGUAGGAGGAGUUCUAGUACACAUGCCACACGUGUGUUCUGUACGAGGAAUAAUGACAGCCACGGUGGAAACGGUGUCAGAGCAACUUGACUUGCCUAUCAUACCAGCAGAAAGGGUUGUAUCAGCGUACGCCAGGGCCAUCACGCUCUCUGAGUCUGAUGUCGCAACAGCUACAGCUCUGGUGGUGAGAGCGCAAGUGAUUGGAGAGAAUGAUGAACCUGUGGAGACAGAUUCUGGAGAGGACAUAGAUAAUUUUUGGCAAACCUCAGUAGGGAAAUUUAGAUUCAAUGUCGACGAUCUACCUCAACCGCUCCAGUACAUACACCAAUUACUUCAGGAAUUAUCUAAUGUUAGCAAGCCCGACAUUUUGUACUACAUGUUGCAGUGUUUGAAUGUGCUCAUUCUACAUGGCGACGCUUGUACUAAAGCUUCCAGAGAUCAUCGGGGCUUCUUCAUUUGGUGUCAGGAAAAUUUGCUCAUCAAGAACUUCUGGGACCUGUGCAACUCGGAGUACUCGCACAUCUGCCAGACCGUGGUGCCGCUGCUGCUGCACUGUAUCACGUUGCCUGCCGGCUCUGACGUCUUCUGGCGUGUCAUCCAGGAGGCGUUCCACAGCCCCGAUUGGUGCGUGAGGUUCACGGCCGUGGAGCGGGUGACGGUGAUCACGCGGUUCAUGGACUCCAGCCCACUGAGGAAUUUACAGCAGUUGCAGGCUGCUUUGGCAAAUGCGUUCUGCUAUUUGAUUUCCAGUAUGGACGAUAAUAAUGUGUAUGUGGCGCAGAGAGCGACGCUCUAUCUCGGGACCAUCCAUGAUUCGGCUAUCAGGUCAUUGAUAAUGUGUUUGGAGAGUCAAUUCGAUGCAGUUAUAGUGGAUCGUCCGAUGGUGUUGCAAUCCCUCUACCAACUUCACAAUUCUCUGAGCGAGAGAAAAAUUCUUACAUGGGAAUUUUUCCUCAACCGGUUCGAUACAUUAUUCAUAGAAGCACAGAUAACGCUAGAAAAGACCGGUGAAAUAACUUAUCUGAGAGGUAACUAUAGUUUUAAUAAUGAGGUAUCAGAUAUUUCAGUCGAGAUAUUUCAGACUUGA